UGGCAGACAUUCGUGCUCCGGUGACAAUACUAUUGCUUAUGGUUUUGGUCGUCAAAAGUAUAGGGUUAGGGUUAGGCUUUCGGAGUUGAAGUUAGGGAGUCCGGUUUGUGUCGGAAAUUACUGUGGAGCAAUUAUAUUGUCGCAGGAGCAAGAUCGAGUCGGAUGCGGAUGACCGCCUUAACAAGUCGUCGAUGAGAUCGAUGAGAUAAGAUCGAAGUCCGUCGAUGAGCACGAAGGCCAGACCGAGAAUCGGUCGGUUAGGGUCGACCGGGAGCUGUGUAAUGUAAUGGUGAUGUGACUUGGAUAUUAUAUAGAUCGACUAUAAUGUCACUGUUCGCAUUAUUUUGGAGUACGCCCUUGUUCUUUACACCGAUUAUGAAGUGAAUGGACCAUGCAACUACAAUAAAAUGUCGAAUUUAGAUGGCUAUUGAUAAUAACUACUCAUGCAGCGAGGCUGAUUUUUUUGUUUGUCUCUCAAACAAAAACGUUGUGACCUUACAAUGUCAUUGCUGUUUACGGAAAUGAAGACGAACAUACUAUAUUUUCGUAUAAGGGAUAUACUAGAGCACUACAGAUAGAUCGUUCCUCGAUCAGGAGACCUAGGAACAUAUAUCUGACAGAAUUUGGUUGAUUCAACGGGCUCUACGUGUAAAUAAUAUUCGAUUGAUCAAAAUAAUUUAGACAACUGCAAGCGACAGUAUUUGCUCUUAUCGAUUAUCCAGGAGCAUGCACUGCAAUACAUAAAGUAUAAGGGCUUCUGGAGCACUACACGGAUAGAUCGUUUCUCGAUCAGGAGAUUUAUUUGACAGAGUUUGGUUGAUUCAAAGGGCUAAACGUGUAAAUAAUAUUCGACUGAUCAAAUUUAGACAAUAUUGCAAGCAACAGUUUUUGCUCUUUAUAUCGAUUAUCCAGGAACAAGCACUGCAAUACAUAAGGGCUUCUGAAGCACUACAUGGAUAGAUCGUUCCUCGAUUAGGAGAUAUAUUUGACAGAGUUUGGUUGAUUCAACGAGCUAAACGUGUAAAUAAUAUUCGACUGAUCAAAUUUAGACAACUGCAAGCUAAAGUUUUUGCUCUUAUCGAUCAUCCAGGAACAUGCAUUGCAAUGCAUAAAGCCUAAGAUUUUUGUUUGCGAUUGCCGUGAUACUCCAACACAUCCAAGUGCAUGUGGCGUCUUCUAUACCAUUAAUUUCUCUUGAUCAGUUUAUGUAAAUGAUAUCGAGAUAAUGGCUCCAGCCAAACAUUAAUAUUUACACUACUCAAACAAUGAAGGUCUACUAUGUUUCCUCUUUUAUCUCGAGUCGACGUUAAAUGCAUUAUCUCGUCACAUUAUUGUAUUUACAAAAGCGCAUGCGCAUCAUCUCGUUAGUUCUACACGGACUCAACGAUUUAGAGGAGAAUAUUCACCCAUCAUAGCAAGCUCGGACGGAACUUCGUCCAGACUAACAACGAUCGAAGCGAACUUGACGAUUGCGAAUCUCCGCCACUUUCCUCGUGAAUCUCUAGCAAGGGCUACCGUGUUAUGUUCGCUAAUCUUGAUUACUUUUGGAAACCAGACCGAAGAAUAAGUGAAAAAGAGUGGGACUCAAAUCAAUAAAUACGAUAUAGGAUGAUGAAUUUUACUACAGCUUCGCCGGGAUCGGGAGAAGAAGAGUACGUCCCAAGCCUUUCCGAAUGGCAGGAGUGCUGCAAUGCCACCCGGCACGACAUGGAUUUUCAGUGCGGGACAACGCUGACAGCCUUCUCGUCAUGUGACAAGCUACUCGACAACCUUGCCAUCGAGGUACUCGUCUGGAUCGUUGGGAUGUCGUCCUUCCUCGGCAACGCGUUCGUCCUGAUUCUACGAUCUCGGACCUUCUGUUCAAAGACAUCACGCAUAGCUCGCAUCAACGCCCUCAUGAUCCUUAGCUUAGCGGCUGCGGAUAUCCUCAAUGGUAUCUAUCUCCUCAUCAUCGGUAGCGUUGGCGCGAAAUUCGGAUAUGAUUACUACUUCUUCGCCGAUAAAUGGCUUGGAAGUCCACUAUGUCAGGUAGCUGGCUAUAUGGCCACGGUGUCGGGUCAGAUGUCGGUGUUCAUGUUGACGCUGAUCAGCAUCGAACGCAUGCUUGCCAUCGUUUUCCCAUUCCGAUUAGAAUUCCACAUGGGCACCAGGACAACCGGAAUUGCCAUCAUGUUCAUUUGGCUUGUCUCAAUCAUCAUCUGCUCCAUCCCGUUCAUGUUCCCUUCGAGCUUCACUGGUUUCUACGGCAACUCGGACGUCUGCAUAGGACUUCCGGUGGGGCUCUACAUCUACGCUGUUCCGGGAGGCGGUGAGUCGGGCGAGUUGGAGAUUGAAGGGUCGUCGUGGUACUUCGGAAUCGCUAUCUACGUCGGGAUCAACGUCCUCUGCUUGUCCACCAUCCUCAUUUGCUACAUCAUCAUUUUCUACGUGGUGAAGCGUUCUGGUCGACGAGCCAACCGCACCAAGGACAGCCUACAGGAAAUCCAGAUGGCGGGAAGGAUGGCGGUGAUCGUCUGUACCGACUUCGCUGCCUGGUUUCCUAUCGUAGUCAUGUUCAUCCUCGUUCUCGUACACGCUUGGAACAUGCCUGCCACUCUUUAUGCUUUCGUCGUGGCCCUGCUACUCCCAAUCAACUCAGCAUUAAAUCCCUAUAUCUAUACCAUCACACAAGUUAUGUCAAAGAGAAGAGAACGUUUAGGAAAGAGUACAAACAUUUCUGGAAUUAGUGGGGUAUCGUUAGAUAAACUGACUUAACUUCUUUUGUUAAAAAAUUAAUCGUGCUCUUAGACAUCAAAAUGAGGCUAACUUAAUGGCUUUUUUGUUCUGGACAUUCAUGCUUUUUAACAGUAGUGAC